AUCAAAUCUUUUCAACCACAAUACGUACACUUAUACGUGCUUCAGAGCUUCCUGAACGGGGCUGUCCUGAAAGAGUAUGACUACGAACCCGAGAACAACGACAACAACACAUUGUACAAGGCGGGAAAACCAUCGUUUACGGCCACAUUGAUCUUACAAGGUCACAUUCUGGUUGAACUUAGCGCGGAACAGUUGCAAUUUGAAGCCGGAGCGUUCAUGUUUUUCGGGGAGACAAUAUUUGCGAGUAUCAACAACCUGCUACCAAAACUGCCGUUAAAUUGGAACAUCACAGAAUUGCUGGAGAUUGUGGGCGACGCGAUAAGUUUUGUACCGGACUACACGGUCACAUUACAGAGCACAGUUCAAUGCUUGGAAAUUACGGGCGAACACUAUCUGGUGGCUCGAUAUUUGACUGAAUGCAUAAUGAGAGAACCAAGUCCAGAUACCAACGCCUGGUUGGGACAAAGUAACUACUUCUUAGAGGCUUGGGAAGCUCGUCACAAUACAAACAUUGGCACCGCCGUGAAAACCAAUCAUUUCCAACGAGAGCUCGUAGACCCGACAGUUCACGACGACCCAUGA